AUGGGCAAAGACGUUUCAUUUCGGUGGGAAGACUGCGACGCGCUGAAGCAUCACUGCGGCUUUUGCAAUACACCUCUCCACCAUCCUAGCGCGAAGCGAUCAUGCUUCGGAACGCAUGCCGAGCCAUGUUUCCGCUUUCACCAAUUCAUGUUCAUGCGGCAUCGCGGCCACACAUGCGACAUGUGCAGCCAUAUUGACGAGCACCACUACAAGCGACACUUUGAGAUGUGUGAGCAAGUCCGAAGCAUUUACGAAAGCUGCGGUGAGAACUGGACCCUAAUGCCCGAGUACGGAGAAGACCGCGGACGGUCCAUGGGUAGAGGUCCGGACGCAUUCGAUAGUGACGGCAGGUCUUCGAUUCCAGGUGACAUGCCCUUAAGAAAGAGAGAUAGGAAAGAACAAAAGAGGCAGAUACGAGCGGCUACUAGGAGCAAAGUGAUCACGCACGAGGACGUCAAGUACAUCGAAUCUGUCCUACAUCCGGCGGGCCCUCAAGAAGACACUGAGAUCCCCGCCAAUUCCGAGGAAAUCGAGGAGAUCGAGCAGCAUCUGAAUUACAACGCGCAAUGUUAUAAUCACGGGCAGAAACGAAGCAAAAUUCGUGAAUUUGCUCGUAUUCCUGAUGCAGACAUCGACUUCGGCGCCGAGAUCGAUCGUAUCUUCGAGAUUCUCCACAUCAACGAGCUUCUCAAGCGCAACGAGAGAAACCGGGGCUUGCGAAACAAAGAACUAGCAAGCUUCAAUACAAUUGUGUCUGAGCUGAAGGGGCUUAUCAUCACCGACAUGGUGCAGAACAAGAAAGAUGAGCUGGAGAUUAGAAUGCGCAGGGCUGCCUUUCUGAGAUAUGCCAACAAGACAAGCUUCAACAUUGUGGGAAAUAGAUAUGCUGACAAAGACUGGAAGACGGGACAAAAGUAUCGAUCCGUCGGCUCCGAUUCUGCGUUGUCGGAUUGCUUGACGGCUGUUGAAGAAGAGGUCGAAGAAGACGACUUUAUUGAUGAGAACGAAUUACGCAACCUUUCAACAGCCACCUUACACGAUGCUGAUCGGCGGCAUAUCGAACAGUCUCAUAGGAAGCUUGGUAGUGACGAGUUUCCCGAGGAAAUUGUAGCCGUCCAAGACAUCAAAAACUUGCCUGCUGAAUUUGGGCCCAAGCCACUGCCUUCGCUGAGAAUCGUCAACACAAACAUCGUGCCGCCGCAGAAGAUCAGGUUCUACAAUCCAUGGAAGCAGCUCAAACCAAGCAUUACGAAGCCAUCUGAAGUACCUAAGCGGACUGUACGGAAUCUAUCGUCGAGUGAGCUAAUCGACAAGGACCCCGUGCCAGAGGAAGACGAUGCAUGGCAGACUGUGGGUCCCACUACUAUCCCAAUGAGAAACUCAAGUGGACGCAUAGAAUCUCGCCGUACAAAGAAUGUGCUGUCGCUGCAAGCACCUAAGUCGUCUAGCUCUCAUACAACCCCCAUAGCUCCAUGGCAUGCCCUGAAGCCGACACGUGUCGGCGUAACUGCCUGGAUGGACCAAGGUGCAGCCGAUAGGCGGAAGAUGGCGGAGAAACUAGACCGAGAAGAAAAGAAAGGGUAUGCACAAAAUUUAUCUGCGUUACUACCCACCGCUUACAUGCUCUCCAGAAGGAUUGAUGCGCAGUUUCGGAUCGAAGAGCGAAAGAAGCAGUUGGAGUUCGUAGAAGGACGUCUCCAGCGGAAAGUAGAGGAUAGGAAGCUUCAAAAGCCCAAGAAGCCUACAGAAGUUGCAGAGCUCCCGGAUACCAAACAUGCCGCUGUUGAAUCGCGAAAGAAGAAGGAGAAGAAGAGGCAGCGCGAAGCUCAGCGGAAGGCUAGACGAGCCGCAGAGAAGGAGCAUGGCGAUCCCGAGUUGGUAGGUCCAUCACCUGAUGGCACUGAAGCAGACGAGUCUGCUUUCGAGGUUUCGCCUGUCGAUAGUAUGUUUCGUGAUGGAGGGAUAGACUCAACGUUUCGAGACUUGUGUUCGCUUUUGAAGGAGGGGUCUACAUCAGAAGCUGAGGGUACCGACGCUGCGGACGAUUGCGACGAUGACCAUAGCUCAUCAUACGACGAAGUCGGAGAAGCGAUUGAGCACUCUAUUCAUGUACCACACGCGAAGGCGGAGUUAAUGUGUCAUAGUCUCCGGCUCGCGCCUUCAAUGCGGGAUUAUUCGUCUGUUGGUGGUAAUAUGACGCCUGAAUUCUCUUCAAAGCUAUCAAAACACCUUUUCGGACCCGGGCGUACUACGAAAGGCGUCACUUCUAUUGAGAACAAGUCCGUUUCCUUCGAGCUAUCUAAGAGCCCCGCGACAAUCCCAACAACCAAGACUGGCCGACACCGGGACUGGCUGCAGCAGUUUGCCAACGCAAUGAAAUUUGAUAGCGUAGGGCGACCGCUGUUCGAACCCGACCACCCUGCCUACAAGAACACUAGCUCUGCCUGCUCGUGGAUCGGCGAAUGCCCGUACGAGUCUUCGGGAAUACCUGACUGCCCAUACCAUCGGACAUACUGUAAAUGUGUUGAUCCAACCAAUCAAAACAAUUUCCAGUACAUCGUCUACGCGGACUCGAAUCCGUGUGAGCUCGGCCCCUACAACUACAUGCAGAGUAGGAAGCUCAUGGAGUUCUUCCAGUCCCAGCCUGAGACCAAGGACAAACUCAUGCUCGUCGACGAGGACCUCUACACCUGGCUGUACACCGUCGGUCGCCACUGGCGCGUUGAGGGAAUGACGAUGAAGAAGCUCGAGAACACCCCUAUGCCAAAGCGCCUCUCGUGGGAGAUCGAGGACUACGUGCGGGGCUUCCAGAAGGGCCGCGCCAUGAACCAAGUCGAACAGUUCCAGGACCUAGCUGACCGCAACGAGCGCCUGUCCCUCGUCGGCUGUCGAGCUAAAGUCACGGAGCAACUGCUUGAGAGUUUGCGCAAGAAGUGUGAGACAGGACCAGCGGACGAAUCUAUUUGCUACUGCCAGGCCGACUUGCCCGAGAAUCUGAAGGCCAAGGAGGAGCUCGUCGAGUGCAUGUUUAACGACUGCCCUAUACGAUUUUUCCACCGCCACUGCAUCGGAAAGCUGGGGUACAACAAGGUAACGACGUGGUACUGCGGACAUUGCGAGAAGAAUAUCAGCGUGGCUGCGCAGAAGGCACUGCAUGAGGCGCAUGCGAUAUCUAUGAAGACACCGGCGCCGGACUUUGAGAGCAGGGAGAUGAAGGGCAAGAUGAGAUUUGUGGCGAAGCGUUCGGAUAUGCUUUUGACUGGACACUGUGAGAAGUGUUGA